AAUGAAGGGCGUCAAAAAUAUUCUUUACGAAUUAGAAUCGGAAGGUUUUCGAAGUUUGAAGCAUCUCAAAGUUGAAGACAAUGAUGAGAUUCAGUAUAUUAUCAAGUCUAUGGGGCUUCUUGAUUCUGUCUUUCCUAGUUUGGAGUCAAUUACCCUGUGGAAUGUGACUAAUUUGGAACGGAUAUACUACACACGACUUCCAACGAAGACUUUUUGUAACUUGAGAGUGGUAAAUGUGAGGAACUGUCGUAAGUUGGAAUUUGUCUUCUCCUCAUCUAUGGUUGAAUGCUUUUCACACCUCCAAAAAAUGAAGAUAGAAGAUUGCGAGAUAAUGAGUGCAAUAGUUGCGAUAGAAAGAGAAGAAGAAAUUGAGGUCAAUAGUGACGACAGCAUUAUGUUUGCAAAUCUCCAUUCUUUAGAAUUAAGGAAGUUAUUCAAGUUAAAGGGCUUCCUUUCUGUUGUCGAUUCUCGUGUACUUUUCAACGGGAAGGUUGUCUUUCCGAUCUUGAAGAAUUUGGAAAUAAAAGGCAUUAAUAGCAUGAAUAUGAUCUGGCCCAACCAACUCAUUUCAGAUUUCUUUGGCAAACUAGAAACACUAAACGUUUCAGGUUGCGCAAAUCUUAAAAAAAUUGUUCCGCCCAAUAUGUUGAGAAUGCUCCGAAAUCUAAAAGAAUUGAAUAUAAAAAGAUGUGGCUCCAUAGAAGAGGUAUUUGAUAUCCAAGGGACAAAUAAUGUUGAAGAAUCACGUGAUAUAGUAGCCGCUGAACUUAUAUCCUUAACAUUAAGAAAUCUGGAAAAAGUGAAGCACGUGUGGAGUAUGGAUCCUCAAGGAAUAAUCACCUUUGGGAAAUUACGUACCAUAAAAAUUGAGGGUUGUUCCAGUCUAAAAAGUGUUUUUCCAACAUCUGUGGCGACGGCUCUUAUGCAACUUGAGAAGCUAGAGAUAAAAGAUUGUGCAACGGUGGAGGAAAUCGUAGCAAAAGAAGAAGGAAUAGAGACAACCAUUUUGUUUGUAUUCCCACAAUUGACCACUCUAGAACUUCAAAAUUUGCCUGAACUCAAAAGUUUUUAUCCAGGAAACCACACUUUAGAGUGGCAGUCAUUGAAAGGCUUGCGCAUUCAAAAAUGCGACAAACUGAAAAUAUUUGGUUCCAAUAAGUCAAGUGUCGAAGAAACAAAUGGGCUGGGCCAUCAUGGUAGUCUUAUUCUACAACCCCUCUUUUUCGUCGAAAAGGUUGUCUUUCCGAUCUUGAAGAAAUUGGAAAUAGAAGGCAUGGAUAGCAUGAAUAUGAUCUGGCCCGACCAACUCAUUUCAGAUUUCUUUGGCAAACUAGAAACACUGACCGUUUCAGGUUGCACAAAUCUUACAAAUAUUGUUCCGCCCAAUAUGUUGAGAAAGCUCCGAAAUCUAAAAGAAUUGAAGAUAGAAAAAUGUGGCUCCAUAGAAGAGGUAUUUGAUAUCCAAGGGACAAAUAAUGUUGAAGAAUCACGUGAUAUAGCAGCCACUGAACUUAUAUCCUUAACAUUAAGAAAUCUGGAAAAAGUGAAGCACGUGUGGAGUAUGGAUCUUCAAGGAAUAAUCACCUUUGGGAAAUUACGUACCAUAAAAAUUGAGGGUUGUUCCAGUCUAAAAAGUGUUUUUCCAACAUCUGUGGCGAAGGAUCUUAUGCAACUUGAGAUGCUAGAGAUAAAAGAUUGUGCAACGGUGGAGGAAAUCGUAGCGAAAGAAGAAGGAAUAGAGACAACCACUUUGUUUGUAUUCCCACGAUUGACCACUCUAGAACUUCAAAAUUUGCCUGAGCUCAAAAGUUUUUAUCAAGGAAACCACACUUUAGAGUGGCUGUCAUUGAAAGGCUUGCGCAUUCAAAAAUGCGACAAACUGAAAAUAUUUGGUUCCAAUAAGUCAAGUGUCGAAGAAACAAAUGGGCUGGGCCAUCAUGGUAGUCUUAUUCUACAACCCCUCUUUUUCGUCGAAAAGGUUGUCUUUCCGAUCUUGAAGAAAUUGGAAAUAGAAGGCAUGGAUAGCAUGAAUAUGAUCUGGCCCGACCAACUCAUUUCAGAUUUCUUUGGCAAACUAGAAACACUGAACGUUUCAGGUUGCACAAAUCUUACAAAAAUUGUUCCGCCCAAUAUGUUGAGAACGCUCCGAAAUCUAAAAGAAUUGAAGAUAAAAAGAUGUGGCUCCAUAGAAGAGGUAUUUGAUAUCCAAGGGACAAAUAAUGUUGAAGAAUCACGUGAUAUAGUAGUCGCUGAACUUAUAUCCUUAACAUUAGGAAAUCUGGAAAAAGUGAAGCACGUGUGGAGUAUGGAUCCUCAAGGAAUAAUCACCUUUGGGAAAUUACGUACCAUAAAAAUUAAGGGUUGUUCCAGUCUCAAAAGUGUUUUUCCAACAUCUGUGGCGAAGGAUCUUAUGCAACUUGAGAUGCUAGAGAUAAAAGAUUGUGCAACGGUGGAGGAAAUCGUAGCAAAAGAAGAAGGAAUAGAGACAACCACUUUGUUUGUUUUCCCACAAUUGACCAAUCUAGCACUUCAAAAUUUGCCUGAACUCAAAAGUUUUUAUCCAGGAAACCACACUUUAGAGUGGCCGUCGUUGAAAGACUUGUGCAUUCAUAAAUGCGACAAACUGAAAAUAUUUGGUUCCAGUAAGUCAAGUGUCGAAGAAACAAAUGGGCCGGGCCAUCAUGCUAGUCUUAUUCUACAACCCCUCUUUUUCGUCAAAAAGGUAACAACUUCCCUUGCAUGUCAUUAUAUUUUGUUAAUAUAUAGUAUAUAUACUCAUUGGAUUAUAUGUGGGUGGAGUAGGCUGAGUUCAGGCCCUAGUGGUUGCAUUCAAACUGCACAUACUUGUUUAAGAAUUCUCGCUCAAAUAGAUUUGUCAUAUGUGAAUUGCGAGCAAAACAUAAAAUUUUGGUGGGCUUGAAAAUUGAGACGCCCUUCAAUUAAUAAAACUAGUAUGUAAUAAGCACAAGAAUGAUGAAUUUUAGUGAUGCUAUUGAUGUUAGUUUAGGUUAUUAAACAUAUAAAAUAUAGUUUGGCAGUACAUUUGGAGGUACUAAAAUAGUUUUUCCUUGCAAUUUUCAUGAUAUUAGUUAAGCCAAGUUUCUCAUUGCAUUGCUAUUACAUAUAUAAUUUUAAAAAUCACUAUUGGGUACUACAUAUACUACAAUAUCAAUUCAAAAUUAUUUUCCAUGAAAUUCUAUUAGAUACAACACAAAAUAAAAUAAUAAAUUAGUCAAAUAGAAUCUCGCAAAUUGAAUAGGGAUGAGUGCAUGGAAUCGCUCAGUUCAAUUAUUGUUUGUUACGUUCAAUAUUUUCUCAUAUAAAUUAUCUAAAUAGAAAU